AUGCAAGACAUUGAUGCCAGGGGGAGCUCCCCUGCUUUCCUCCGGCCUCAGAAUGGGAGCGGUCACAGGUCUUCGGGGUAUGUCCCAGGGAGGAUUGCUCCUCUCCGCCCCCCGCCGCCCUCGCAGAGCCAUGCUGCAGCUGAAUUUACCUCUGCAAGACAAGAAGCCCGGACAAGACUCCCAUCCUUACCAGUGUAUCAGCAUCGCCGCCAAGUAGAAGCCGCUAGGCAUAAAAAUACUCUCAUUUGCUUUGCCAUUUCUAGCCUUUCACUUUUUGUUGCACUGGGGAUCAUUUUGGGAAUAGCUUCAAAAUACGCUCCAGAUGAGAAUUGUCCUGAUCAGAAUCCUCGUCUUAAAAACUGGAGCCCUGGAAAAGAUCCUGAAAAGAGAAUUGUUAUCAAAAAAGGGGAUUUGUUUCGUCUGAACUCAGAUGCUACAGUACACUCCAUAGUUAUACAGGAUGGAGGUUUACUUGUUUUUGGUGAUGAUAAAGAAGGUUCUAAAAAUAUUACCUUGAGAACUCGAUUUAUCCUGAUAAAGGAUGGUGGAAUGCUUCAUGUUGGAGCAGAGAAAUGCCGCUAUAAAUCCAAAGCAACUAUUAUUUUGUAUGGGAAGUCAAAUGAAGGUGCUGAUGUGCCAGAAUUUGGCAAAAAAUUUAUUGGUGUGGGCCCUGAAGGAACACUGGAGUUGCAUGGGCACCAGAAGUUAUCAUGGACUCUCCUAUCAAAGACUAUUAAUUUCUCAGGACUGGCCUAUUACACAUUUAAAAAGAAUUUUUCCCGAGGACUAAAUGUAAGAGUGAUUGAUCAGGAUACAGCAGAAAUUUUGGAAGCACUGAAGUUUGAUACUCAUGAAUUUGCAGAAGAUAGCUUGAAGCUCCAGAACUUACUGAAAAGUGGAAGUCUUGGUCGCAUUGUUGCUAUUGCUGUAGGAGAUUCAGCUGCUAAAAAUCUAUUGGAGGAAACCAGAGUGACUAUUCAAAAUCUUCUGGGAAGUAAGUUUGUCAGAGGAUUGAGUUACAGGCAAGCCUGGGCUUUCGUUGGUGUCAUAGGAGGUGGAAAUUCUUCCUGUAAUGAAUCAGUGAGAAACUAUGAAAAUCACAGCACUGGUGGGAAAGCUCUUGCUCAGAAAGAGUUUUUCACAGUGGAAGGUCAGAAGUUUGUUGUGAGAGCUUACAGCGAAUGGAAUGAUGGUGUCCCGAUUUCAGGCUUCCAGGUGGAAGCUGUAGGUGGAGUGAUACUGAAUCUUCUGGAUGAUGUUAGUAGUUGGGAGCCUGGAGACCGGAUUGUGGUGGCAAGCACAGACUAUUCAAUGUAUCAAACAGAGGAAUUCACCCUCCUUCCCUGCCCAGAGUGUACCAAGCAUCAAGUCAAAGUCAAAGAAAAUCCUCAAUUUCCUCAUGUAGGAGAAGUUAUUGAUGGAGUGGACAUGAGGGCAGAAGUCGGAGUUCUUACAAGGAACAUCCUAAUCAAGGGAGAGACAGAAGAUACCUGCUAUCGUGACAAGGAGUGUCAGUUCUUCAAUUAUGAUACAUUUGGUGGACAUAUUAAGAUUUUGAAGAAUUUUACAGCUGUUCAUCUCUCCUAUGUGGAAUUGAAGCAAAUGGGUCAGCAGCAGAUUGGAAGUUACCCUGUUCACUUUCACCUUUGUGGGGAUGUGGAUGAAAAAGGAGGUUAUUUUUUUAAGACGUACUUGGAAGGUCUUUCCAUUCAUCACUGUUUUUCCAGAUGUGUGACUGUUCAUGCAACUAAUGGCUUGCUGAUAAAGGACACCAUUGGCUAUGACACACUAGGUCACUGUUUCUUCAUAGAAGAUGGCAUUGAGCAGAGGAAUACUUUGUUUCACAACCUUGGACUAGUCACGAAACCAGGCACUCUUCUUCCUACAGAUAGAAACAGCAGCAUGUGUAUUGGUAUUAGGGAUAAAGUGUAUGGAAAUUACAUCCCAGUGCCAGCCACAGACUGCAUGGCAGUUUCGACAUUCUGGAUUUCUCAUCCCAACAAUCAUCUUAUAAAUAAUGCUGCAGCAGGUUCCCAGGAUGCUGGAAUAUGGUAUUUGUUCCACAAGGUUCCUACAGGAGAUUCUCAUAGUUUAGCCAUUGAAACAAAGUCAGAGCUUACACCCCUGGGAAUCUUCUAUAACAACAGGGUUCAUUCUAAUUUUAAGGCUGGUCUGUUCAUUGAUAAGGGUGUUAAAACAACUAAUGCUAGUGUUGACGAUCCCAGAGAAUAUCUUUGUUUGGACAACAAAGCAAGGUUUCGACCUCAUCAAGAUGCAGACCCAGAAAAGCCUCGAGUUGCUGCCCUGAUUGACAGAUUAAUUGCUUUCAAAAACAAUGAUCAUGGGGCCUGGGUCAGGGGAGGGGAUAUCCUCAUUCAAAACUCUGGGUUUGCAGACAAUGGAAUAGGUUUGACAUUUGCUAGUGAUGGGAGCUUCCCAAAUGAUGAAGGUGCCAGCCAGGAGGUAUCAGAGUCACUGUUCAUAGGUGAGAGCAAGAAUUAUGGGUUUCCAGGUGGCCAAAAUAAAUAUGCGGGAACUGGAGGAAUAGAUAAGAAGGCACGGACCCUGCCUAGAAAUAGAACAUUUCCAAUCAGAGGCUUUCAAAUUUAUGAUGGACCUAUUCACCUUACCAAGUGCACCUUCAAAAACUUUGUGCCAACUCCAGACAGAUUUACCAGUGCAGUUGGAUUCUUGAUGAAAAAUCCAUGGCAGAUGACACCAAAAAACAAUAUUUCUCUUGUUAAGUUUGGUCCAAAUGUUUCUUUGAAAGCCUUUUUUGGAAAACCUGGUCCCUGGUUUGAAGAAGGAGAUCUAGAUGGGGACAAGAACUCAAUAUUUCAUGAUCUAGAUGGUUCAGUGACUGACUAUAAGGAUACCUAUGUGGGCAGAAUGGAUAACUACUUGAUUCAACACCCCAAAUGCAUUUAUAUUACAGAAUGGAGUGGAGUGGUUUGCAGUGGAACCUAUGCACAGGUUUAUGUCCAAACCUGGAAUGGACAGAACCUUUCCAUGACUGUUGUACGAGAUGAGUACCCAGCCAAUCCCAUGGUUCUUCGAGGUAUUAAUCAGAGAGCUGCCUUUCAACAGUCCCAGCCAGUAGUGAUGCUUCAAAAGAGCUACACAAUACAUUGGAAUGGAAAAGCUCCAAACGUCACCUAUCUUUAUCUGAUUAACUUCAACAAGAAUGACUGGAUUCGUGUUGGUCUUUGUUAUCAACCAAAUACAGAUUUUGUUGUAGUAUUGGAAACCUUUCAACGGCGGUCAUCUGCUCUGUCAAGCAAGGUAGAGCAGUACAUGCCUGUAUCUUCAAUGAUGGAGCUUGAAAAGAAUCGAUCAGACAAGAAGUUUUACUUUGACAACAGUACUGGAUUACUGUUUUUAUUUCUUCAAGCCAAAUAUCAUAGGGAUGGUCACAGUUAUUGCUCAUCUCAGGGUUGUGAAAGGAUCAAGAUUGUGACCAAAGAUUCAGCAAAGGGGAUCAGUAACUGCAUAACAAAAGCUUACCCAAAGUACUACCAAGAACCUGCUGUCACAAUGCGGAUGCCAGUAAAAACUACUGUACCAUGUACAAAUUGUGGCACAACUCAGAUGGUAUUCACCAGCGAUCCUCAUAGAAACUACCUCCUUGUGCAGAUUAAUUCAUCUGGUAAAAAAGAGUUAGGCAGAGGUCAGCAAGCAUUUAUUUCUGUCAAUGACACUAUGUUUUCCCUCAAGGAUAAUGGUAUAAUUAUUGUUGUAGUUGAUGCCUGCAGUGGCACAGUGUCAGGAAGCAAGUUAUUUUCUGGAGUAGACAUUAAGCAUGUAGAUGAAUAUUUAAAAUCUGGAAUUCCGCAAAGGUCUAUCGUUCUACUGAGCACAAGAGGUGAGGUAGCAGUUCCUAGUAAUUUAUCAGAAGUCUUAAUGUCCCUGGGGACGGCUAAACCACCUUAUCUUCAGAGCAACGGAAGCCUGGCCUUUCUGGGCUUCAGAGGAAACUUUAAGCCGUCCUGGAUUAAGCUGUUUACCAGUCCUGCUGGGCACGGGCUCAUUCAGAUAGAAAAGUAUAUCCCUUUGCAACUGGAAGAGUAUGGCUGUGCCAGAGCAAUCAAAAGCCAACGGAAAGACCUUGAACUUCUGAAGAAGGCUACGCGAUCUCAUUAA